CAUUGGGUGCUCCUUUUAGUUAUAUUCAAUGGGAAAAUAUUCAGGUGGAAAGUAAUCUUGCUCCUUUGUUGUCCUCAAGGAAUGCUGAAGUUAUUCCUGACCAAUACAUUGUUGUGUUCAAGGACCAACUACCAAAAGAGAGGGUAGAAUACCAUCAUAAUUGCAUUCGCUCCUUUGUUGAGGAGGAAAAUACAAAGCUUGCCAAGAGAGGUAUACUUGAUAAAUUGAUCCACGGUAUCACACAUAUUUAUGAUCUUAAGGUGUUGAAAGGCUAUGCCGGUAAAUUCACAAAAGAGGUUUUAAAUAAGAUUAGGCAAAGUGACGAGGUUGCUUGGGUUGAAAGGGAUCAAGUU